AUGUCCUUAAAUACUCGUAUAAAACGAAAAAAAGAACUCCGAGAAGAAUAUGUUGAACAAAAUGGAUUAAUAUUUCAAUUGCCUGAUGAAACACUUCUUUCAAUAUUUAAAAAUCUCAAAACAGACGAACUUAUUCCUAUUGCUGGUGUUUGUAAAUGGUUUCAUCGUAUUGCUUACGACGAAGAAUUCUGGACAACGAUUGAUUUAUCAUCAAAAAACUAUUCCAAUCGAGUACUGCUAAAGUUUUUACGUCGGUUUCCUCGUGAUUGUACAGAAGUAUUGAAAAUAUCCGGUGGAUUAGUUUUUAGUAGUGCCGGAAAGCCACCUCCAUUUACUGAACAAUUAAAUACUUUAAUUAAAACAUCCUAUCCGAAUCUUCGGUAUUUGUAUUUGUCACGAUAUGAUUUUCAUGUCAAUCAAAACGCUAUUAAAAAUAUAGCAUUUUUACCAUCUAAGUUGCAUGGCCUUUAUCUAAACAAAUGCGAAAUGUUAACAACAAAUAUUUCAUCCGUUCAAAAUUUUCUGGAGCCACCAAUCGAAUUUAGGAACGAUCCUGCACGAAAAGUCUAUUUUCGAGAACUUCAAAAACUUUCUUUUGAAAAUUCUUCCUGUCUGAAACCUGACUCACUUGGAUGUUUAACUAAUUUAUGUUCGAAUUUGGUUGAACUUAAUCUUAAUGGUUGUUUUCGCAUUACGCCAACGAAUGUAUUUAUUCAAACACUUCUUAAAUACAGUAAUACGCUGCGGCGACUUUAUUUGAGCGAAACAAAAAUUGACGAUAAUGCAAUACAUUCUAUAUGUCGAAAAUUAAAACGAUUGAACAUACUUGAUAUUAAAGAUUGUCAAUAUGUUACAGAAAAUAUCGUGGAAAAUUUAUUAACAUUAAGACAGCUACAGAAAUUAAUAGUAAAUGAUAAUAUUCGAAACGCUUAUAUUCAAAGAAAAAAUGAAGAGAAUUAA